AGUUCUCUGUCUCUGCUUUGAGACAGAGAUUUGAUUUGUGCUGUUCCCUUAGUGUGCAGCCUGACUUAAAACUGUGUCCUUGACGACAUCCGCAGCGCUCACAUCACAGCCGGUAUCUUUUAUAGCCUAACUGUUUGUAUUUCCGCAUCGAAGGUGGAGACUUUCAGUGGGACAGGCUUGUCGUGUUACGUUUGGGGAAGUUGCUCAAUAUCGGAAAGACACAUUUUACCGAACUGUGGGCAAAAUACAGUUUUGCUAAUGUCCUGCUCUUAUGGGCGAACUCGAGCGGAUCAUAAUAAUAUAAAAAACCCUAAAGGCUGUAUAAGGUGUGACGAUAUACCACUUAAGUAUAACGGUCAGAUCAUACUUAGCGUUUUCUCUCAGAAUGAAUAGUUCUGUGACUUCCGCUACUUACAUUCGCCACCUGAAUUAUUGUUUACUUCGCAAGUUGUCCGAUGUUUUGGAUCCUCACGACAUGUGGAAACAUGUCAUUGUGUCAAUACGGAAGCCGAAUGGGGACUUCAGGUACAAUCAACAUCAUGUGAGGAGGUUCGAGGGUCUUGUUGCACAGGGUAAAAGUCCCACAGUGGAGCUGCUGGCUGACUGGGGGACCACCAACAGUACUGUGGGUGAACUUGUGGACAUUUUGAAAAGUCACAAAUUACUGGCUGCUGCGAGUCUUCUGCUGCCUGUGGAAGAGGUCCUCCCGGCAGAGCCACGGCAGGCCUCCCCAGCAGCACAACCAUACAGCGCACUUCCAACGAGACAACUGGAAGACACGGGGACGCAGCCGCCACCCGUCAGCUCUGUUCUGCAGACACAGAGUCUACUGGAACCAGUCCACACAGACGGUUUCUCCAGUUUCUUGUACAAUGAGCUGAUGAAGAUCACAGGCAACUUCGAUGACCGUCCCGUAUCAGGUGGCGGCAGCAAACUCGGAGAGGGAGGCUUCGGCACCGUGUACAAAGGUCUGCUGAAUGACAAACCUGUUGCAGUGAAAAAACUCAGUCCAAUGGAUGACGUGGGCCUGGACGAGCUGCGAGUUCAGUUCAACCAAGAGAUCCAAACUCUGAAAGCGUUAAAACACGAGAACUUGGUUGACAUGGUUGGAUUUUCCUGUGAUGGACAGUACCCAUGUGUGGUAUACGCUUUAAUGGCCAAUGGUUCUCUUUUAGACCGACUAGCUUGUUUGGAGGGAAGUCCUCCACUGUCCUGGCAACAGAGAUGCUUGAUAGGUGAAGGGACAGCAAGGGGCUUGGAGUAUCUGCACAGCAACCAUCACGUCCACAGAGAUGUUAAGAGUGCAAAUAUCCUGCUUGAUGAAAAACUUGUAGCAAAGAUCUCAGACUUUGGGCUGACGAGAGCGUCGGCCAAGCGGACAUCAACAACCAUGAUGACGGAGAGGAUUGUGGGUACCCGUGCAUACAUGGCACCUGAGGCGCUGAGAGGAGAGAUCACACCGAAGUCUGAUGUCUUCAGCUUUGGAGUGGUGUUGUUAGAAAUAUUGUCUGGACUCCCGCCAGCCGAUGAAAACCGUGAGCCACAGUUCUUGAUGGAGAUGAGGUACGAUAUAGAUGAUGAAGACGAGGAGAUCACUUUGGAGGACUUCCUGGACAAGAAGAUGGGAGAGUUGGAGCUGAGUCAAGCAGAAAGUAUCUACACUUUGGCCUGUAACUGCCUCCACGAGAGGAAAAACAGACGACCAGUCAUCAAACAGGUCCUCUUGGAGAUUAAAGGAGUUGUCAAGAGCAUUUCACUGGAUUUUAACACACAGGACUGAAUGGAAGCAUCUAUGAGAAGAUCCGAGACCCCUGAGCCUGCUUCAGUCACAGAGCUCACAGGGAAGUGACUGUCGCUUGCUGAAUGACGAGUGACUGACGAAUGAGUGUUCUUUGCUACAGUAUUUCUUUUUCUAUAAUAAUAAAAUUAGAUUCUUAAAAAUAUGUAUUUUUGUAAGAAACAGUUUAGCUUUUCAUUGUGCGAAUGCCACAGAAACACUGCAGUUUUGGCAUCUUGUGAGGCUGGUAGGUUUGAUGGUUUAAUAGUCUUGUUUCUGUCAUGUAUUUAUUGUAAAGACAAGGAAUAAAAUGAACAAAACAGAAAA